AUGGUCGAGUCCGGUGCGUUCUCAAUGGUCCUUGAAAAACCAAGGGAAAGAUUUAUUCUCACGCCUAGUCAAAAAGAUUUGGCUCUAAGUGCUGGCAUAUUGGCAACAAUGUGUUUAGCGAUUAGAACUGCGGGAGAAAAAGACCCUGUUGAACUUGACUCCAGUGGAUGGCUUAAUGAGGUACAAGCUUCCCCUAACGAAUGGUGUGGAUGUAUAUUCCGUGGACCCUUUAGACCCUCGAUGUUUGAGACUAGGGGUACCAAAAGAGUUGCGACAGGGAAAUUGGCUUGUGGCAGCCAAGCGGAACGUGAACUGAGUUCAGACCGUCGUGAGACCAG